AUGGCGCAAGCGGUUGAGCAACACAUUGAAAUUGACUCGGAUGACGGGGCUUCUGUCAACAUUGAAGAGAUCUCGACUUUCACUGCGUCCAUCACGUCCAGCAUCCUCGAUUACCCCGUAGAGAAUGGCCGCCGCUACCACGCCUUCCGGGCCGGAGUCUAUUGCCUACCCAACGACGAGAUUGAACAGGAACGUCUCGACUUGACGCACGCGCUGAUGACCAAGGGCAUCGGCGACCAUCUGUUUUUGGCCCCUAUCGACACAGACAAGAUGCACCGCGUUCUUGAUAUCGGGACGGGCACCGGCAUAUGGGCCAUGUGUAUGGGUGAUGAAUACCCCAACGCACAGGUUCUGGGAAACGAUCUCAGCGCGAUUCAGCCGCCAUGGGUUCCUCCAAACGUCAAGUUUGAAAUCGACGACGUAGAAUCCCCCUGGGUAUACGAGGCACCCUUCGACUUCAUCUUUUGCCGGUACAUGUGUACCUGCAUCAAGGACUGGCCCGCUCUCGUCCAUUCCGUCUACGACAACCUCACACCGGGCGGCUGGGCUGAGUUCCAGGAUUACGACCUGCAGUACUACUCGGAGGACGGGUCUCUGACACCCGAGAAGCACACCUUGCAAUGGAUCAACACGCUGCUCGAGGCGGCUCGCAAGACGGAGCGCGACCCAUGCCCUGGCCCAAAGCUGGAAGGGUGGAUGCGCGACGCCGGCUUCGCCAACGUCACGCACCAAAGGUUUCGGUUUCCCCUCGGACCCUGGCCAAGGGACCCGAAACUGAAGGAGAUCGGCUAUUACAAUCUCAUGCAAAUCUUGGGCGGCCUCGAGGCUUUCUCGCUGCGGCUGUUCUGCCACGUUCUUGGCUGGCAGCGGGAGGAGGUUCUCGUGCUGCUUGCCAAGGUGCGGAGUGAGCUCCAGGACCCCAAGCUGCAUAUCCAGUUUGACUUUCACGUCGCGUACGGCCAGAAGCUGGAGAAGAAGGAUUAA